AUGUCACCAGCCGCCAAGACAACAAAUAUUGACCUGCAAAGCAAUCAUCAUUUGGAUUACAGUGAGACCAUCCUCAUUUUAAAACAUGCACUGCAGCCUGUCGCAAAAGAGGCGUCUCUCUUUGAUGCAAUCACAGCCAAGAUUAGCGUAAUUCACAGACCCUCCUCCGAAAGAGGAGGAAGUGACACACGCAAGCACAUAUUCCGGUCUGUCUGUGUUGACGCACUCAUCUGUGGGCGGAGUUUUCUACUACUCCACGUCGUUACAGACGCACAGACAUACAGAAACAGACACAAACACACAAUUGUGCAAAUAGACAUACAUUCAAGACCUGCGUCACCCUCCUCCUCUCAUUGGUCCAUUGUUUCAGGUGGCGAGCAAGCCCUCCGUCCAGCCAGCCAGACUGGACGGGCAGAGGACGGACAGUUCUGGAAGCGAAUACUUGCAUCCAUCCGUCGCCUCUGUUUGGCCGGUCGAGGCGAGAUCACAUCCUUUCAGACUUCCACAUUCACAUACUGA